AAGUCGUAAGUAUUGUGGGACGUGUAGUUCCGCUUUUAGGCCGCUGCAUUUUGAUAACAGCGCACGAAGGAGAUCAACAAAACAAAAUCACCCGAAACUUGUGUGAGGUUGGUUUCAGGGGUAAAGAGCGCUGCCGCCAUGCCAGGCUUUACGUGCUGCGUGCCCGGGUGUUAUAAUAACUCACACCGGGACCGUGAGCUCCGGUUCUACACGUUCCCCAAAGACCCGACGCAGAGGGAGAUCUGGCUGAAGAACAUCUCCAGGGCCGGAGUGAGCGGCUGCUUCAGCACCUUCCAGCCCACCACAGGACACCGUGUGUGCAGCGUGCACUUUCCCGGGGGCAGGAAGACCUACACCAUUCGGGUCCCGACGCUCUUCCCGUUACGCGGAGUGAACGAGAGAAGAAGUCGGCGCGGCAGGGGCAGGAAGGUGUAUGCGUCUGCGUCUGCGCAUGUGUCUGCGUCGGCACCAAUUCUUACCAGCGUCGGCGCGAUCCACAGUGAAGCAGUACAGGGCAUUGAGCCCGAUUUCGUAGUGCAGAUCGGACAGAACGGGCAGUACGUCUCACCCGUCACCACCGUAUCAUCAUCAUCAUCAGCAUCAGCAUCAUCGUCAUCGUCAUCUUCAUCCUCACUAGCAGCAGACGGAUCGGCGCUGAAGACCGAGGAGAACACUGAAGUGUUGGUGACUGUGUUACCGGAUCAACCCGGUCCGCUCCUGGCGCUGUACGGAGAGGAGCACUCGUACUCCCUGACCAACGGCACGACGUCGGCUGAGCUCCUGAGGAAACUCAACGAGCAGCGAGACAUCAUCGCUCUCAUGGAGGUGAAGAUGAAGGAGAUGAAGAACACCGUCCGACAGCUGCGUAUUAACGAAGCGCGUCUGCAGGAGGAGCUCCGGGAGCGCGACCGCGUGCUGUGCAGCAUCGGUGCGGUUCGGAAGAAAGUCUGACACACAAAUAAACAGAACAGAACCAUGUUUUGGGGGGUUCUUCAUAUUUGUCUAGAUUUGUUUUGAAUUUUCAGUGUUUCCCUAAAAAAAAAGGAAAAAAAAAGGAUUGAGUGAUGAGUCAAAAAAGCUGAUAUAUGGUGUUUUCACAACGUUAUGUUUGGCUUUGACAAACAUCUCAGACUUCUAUGAAACAUCAGUGGAGUGAUGAGAGAGGAAGGUCAUUUUCAUCCUGACCGGUCCCCAUACAUGCACUGGUAUGCAAAUGAGAACACGCCUCCAGUGCCCCUAAAAUCAACAUGAACAGACAAAUGUUCAUGACAUUUUCAUAAAAUAUGGAACAGGGAGGAAUUCAAAGGGUACAAAAUGGAAUCGAGUCUUUCGGUAUGGAGUGAUAAAAGCUCUGACACGGAUACGUCACCGCUUUUUUUUGGGAAUAUACCGCAAUGUCAAUAUCAUAUCACCCCAUCACUCAGCCCUCUUGGGUACUGUACCCUGUCUCUGAGUCGGUACUGCCAAGUACACUGUUCUUUUAGUGUGUUUUUGGUUUAAGGUAAAUUAUGGUCAAUUUAUGACCACAUUUUUGGUUGAAAAAUACAGACUAAAAGAUGAUGAACCAAAUUCCCGAGUUCAGAGAUGCACUGACCUUCUAUCUUCAUAUCAGAGAUUCAGUACCGGUCCGAUACCGAUAUCUGAUGCUGUCUCUGUCUCUGUCUCAUGGUGACUAAAAUGGCUCUGAAAGUCUAAAUCAAUAUGAGCUAUGAAUAUGUAUGUUUAUGCAAAUUCUGGACGUGUCUUCAUUCAUGAUCUCCUGAUAUUCAUAACAGUAUAAUACGAUUUGGCUCAUAAGAGUUAAUUAAGUCACCCAGAUAGCUAAUGAGUCACACAUACUAAAUUUCAGGGUCGGUCUUUAUUUCCGUGGUGAUUCUGUUACUGGUUUAACAGCAGACGAACCUGUGGAAAGAUGACGCUGAGAUUUCACCGUAAGCAUCGUGUAGCCUAAUAAAUACGAUACUACGUUUUGUUUAGAACGGACUGAAGUCGGCAACCGACGACGUUCUUUUUAUCCGCUCAAUCCUUUUCUUAGUUUGUAUCAACUUUUCCCAGCGUAUUUAAAAUCGUUGUAGUCUUCACUCCCAUUGACUUCAUUAUUCUGUAUUUAACAUCCUGUUUGCCAUCAGAUUUUGAUACGAGUGGAACGUCUGAGGAUUCGAUCCAAAUCCGUGAACCUUCACCAUUUGUUCAAAUGAAUUCGUAAAGAUUUCAAAUUCAGAUCUAUUUUUUUUUGGAUGUAGUGAUCCUGUAAUAUUUUCAGGCGCUUGUGUUAUUCCUAUUAAAAUAUUUGUUUUUAUUUUUAUUAAAUUCUUGCAAAACCUGA